AUGUCCAGCAAGAAGACCAAGGCAAAAACUACCAAGAAGCGUCCCCAGAGGGCGACUUCCAAUGUAUUUGCUAUGUUUGAUCAGUCCCAAAUCCAAGAGUUCAAGGAAGCUUUCAACAUGAUUGACCAGAAUCGGGAUGGUUUUAUUGACAAGGAGGAUCUCCAUGACAUGCUUGCCUCCAUGGGUAAAAACCCCUCUGAUGAGUAUUUGGAAGCGAUGAUGAGUGAAGCCCCAGGUCCUAUAAACUUCACUAUGUUCCUGACCAUGUUUGGAGAGAAACUAAAUGGCACAGACCCAGAAGAUGUCAUCAGAAACGCAUUUGCCUGCUUUGAUGAAGAUGCAACAGGUUUCAUCCAUGAGGACCAUUUACGUGAGCUCCUUACCACAAUGGGGAUCGCUUUACAGAUGAGGAAGUGGAUGAGAUGUACAGAGAAGCACCGAUUGACAAAAAAGGCAACUUCAACUACGUGGAGUUCACCCGCAUCCUGAAACACGGAGCCAAAGACAAGGAUGAUUAA